AUGUCUGCAGACGGUGGAGGCACCAGGGCUGCCCAGGACAAGGAGAGAGCCCGAGAGGUUCCAGGUCAUGAGCAUCCUUGUCAAGAAAUGCUUUCUGAGUCGGAGGAGAUGGUGCUUUUGGGAGCUGCUCGGGAGUCACCCCACAUCAAAACGGAGCCGGAAGAGCCACACCCUGAGGGGGCAUCGCAGGGGGAUGGGGCUCCAGGAACGCCAGGCUGGGUGUCCCUAAGCCAGGGCUCUAAGGAGAAGGCUCUUUUCCUGCCUGGUGGAGCCCUCCCCUCCCCCCAGAUCCCCGGGCUUGCUCGCGAAGGGAGGACCAGAGACCGGCAGAUGGCUGCGGCACUGCUCACAGCCUGGUCCCAGAUGCCGGUGACCUUUGAGGAUGUGGCUCUGUACCUCUCCCGGGAGGAGUGGGGGCGGCUGGACCACGUGCAGCAGAGCUUCUAUAGGGACGUCCUGCAGAAGAGGAACGGGCUGUCCUUGGGAUUUCCCUUCAGCAGACCUUUCUGGGCCUCCCAAGGACAGGGCAAGGGUGAGGCCUCGAGCUCGUGCCGGCAGAUGGGAGAUGAGGAGGAGAAGCCAGGUGCGUGCAGAGGAGCCACUGAGAUGGGAAAGGAGGAGCCAGCCCCAUCCCUGGCAUCCCUGGCAGCCCUUGGGGAUGUGAAGCCUUUCAGAAGCAGGGUAGGGAGAGCCCAGGGAGACAUCCUGCAGUGCGGGCAGCAAGCAGGCAGCGGCCAGAGCUCGGGGCCAGCCAAAGACGAUGGGCAGCCGGGUACCCUGGAGGAGAGGCAGGCGAAACCGACCCCGCCCGACACCAGCCUCGAGAAGGCCCAGGAGGGCCACCUUCCAGAGAAACCCAGAGAGGGGCGAACGGGCAGCCCCGAGAGCAGCGAGGAGGGCCUGGCUCCCGACGGUGACGCCAGCAAGAAGACCUACAAGUGCGAGCAGUGCGGCAAGGGCUUCAGCUGGCACUCCCACCUGGUGACCCACCGGCGCACCCACACGGGCGAGAAGCCCUACACCUGCACGGACUGCGGCAAGCGCUUUGGCCGCAGUUCGCACCUCAUCCAGCACCAGAUCAUCCACACGGGUGAGAAGCCCUACACCUGCCCCUCCUGCUGGAAGAGCUUCAGCCACCACUCGACGCUGAUCCAGCACCAGCGCAUCCACACGGGUGAGAAGCCCUACGUGUGUGACCGCUGCGCCAAGCGCUUCACCCGCCGCUCGGACCUGGUCACCCACCAGGGCACCCACACGGGCGCCAAGCCCCACAAGUGCCCCAUCUGCGGCAAGUGCUUCACGCAGAGCUCGGCCCUGGUCACCCACCAGCGCACCCACACUGGGGUCAAGCCCUACCCGUGCCCCGAGUGCGGCAAGUGCUUCAGCCAGCGCUCCAACCUCAUCGCGCAUAACCGCACGCACACAGGCGAGAAGCCCUACCACUGCCUCGACUGUGGCAAGAGCUUCAGUCAUAGCUCACACCUCACCGCCCACCAGCGCACCCACCGUGGCGUCCGGCCCUACUCCUGCCCCCUCUGUGGCAAGAGCUUCAGCCGGCGCUCCAACCUGCACCGGCACGAGAAGAUCCACACGACAGGGCCCAAGGCACUGGCCAUGCUGAUGCUGGGGGCGGCGGGGGCGCUGGCGGCACCCCCGCCUGCUCCCACUUAGGAGGCGUCAGGGCAGCGUGAGAAGGGGUGUGGGAAGGGAGCGGGAGGUGCUGGCAUGGGGUGGGGCGUGGCAACACAGGAACUAGGGCGAGGCGCGGGCACGCUAGCUGCAAAUUAAAGGCCUUGGAAUUCC